AUGGCGCCAUCCUCGACAGCAGCAGGAACAACAUCGCCCGAAAAGCCGACCAUGUCCCACGAAGAGCGACCGUCUCCAUCACACGCGGAAGCGGACAGUCUGCACUCGGUACAGGAUCUGGAGAAACGAAACCCGCAGGAGAACAGCGAUGAAAUUGCUCGAGCGGAAGCUGGCGAUGAUGUGGUUACCUUCAAGACAUGGAUUGUUGUGUGGGUCAUGUCCAUUGCAUAUGGCGCCUCCUUCUGGCCUGUACCGUUUUUCAGCACUAUUCAGUCGCAAGUCGCCCUCUCACUUGGCAGUGAAGCUUCACAGGGGACAUGGAUGACAUCGACUUACAUCACGUGCGUAACAAUUGCGUUUAUGGUGUGCGGAGCCAACAGCGAUCUGUUCGGACGCCGGUGGUUCAUCAUCAUGGGAUGUGUUCUCAUCACCAUUGGUUCUAUCAUUGGCGGUACGUCUCAUCACAUGGGCCAGACUAUUGUUGCGCACGUCAUCAUUGGCCUCGGUGGCGGUAAUUGUCAAUUGGCUGCUUUUGCAAUCGCAGAGCUGCUGCCUAACAAGUGGAGGCACAUUGGCGUUGUGAUCGCAGAUGGUGUCGCAUUCUUUUGUGUCAUUGGCGGCCCUGUGACCGCCCGAGUUGCCAUCAAUCACGACGAGUCGUGGCGAUGGGGAUAUUGGUCGGUCGUCAUAUGUGGUGUAGUCUGCACCGCUGUCCUCGUUGCGUUGUACUACCCACCGAAGCACCCGCGAGGCAUCGCUUGGAACGUCGCCUUGAAGCACCUGGACUGGGUCGGAAUUUUCAGUUUCACUGCUGCUGCGGCUCUCAUCCUGGUUGGUAUCGUGUACGUACAGCUGAUCCCGCCAAGCAGCCCCAGGGUCAUUGGCCUUUUGGUCUCUGGAUUUGCAUGUCUUGUGUUUUUCGGAGCGUGGGAGACGCUUGCGCCACUCAAAGAGCCUCUUACACCAACGCAUCUCUUUACUGCCAACCGAGGUCGGACGCUAUCAUUUCCCUUCGUUGUCGGCUUUGUUGUCACAAUGUACUAUUUUGGGUUGAACAUUGUCUGGGGCACCAUGGUCAGCGUCUACUGGGGCACAGAAUCGACUCAGCACGUAUACUGGCUCGCAACAGUACAAGGAUUCGGCAUCCUCCUCGGCGGACUGCUCUUGACGUUCUUUGGUGGAACUGUAAAACACUGGAAGUGGCAGAUGACAGCGUCACUAACAUGGACGACCUUCUGGGGCGGACUUCUGGCCUACGUUAACCCGCAGCGCCAGGGCGUCGGCAUAGCAUGCGCUUUCCUGUCCGCCGCGGGCUUUGGCUGGGCUCAGUAUCUCAGCAUCACGUACAUCCAGUUCGGCGCACCUCAGACCGAGCUCGGCAUUACUGGUGGUCUGGCUGGUGUGGCUCGCGAGUCCGGCGGUGCGAUAGCUGUUACGGUCUUUGCGACCAUUCUAGUUAGUGUGCAGAGCAGUUGGGCGGCAACACAUGUUGCGGCGGCGGCUGAAGCGGCUGGUGCCUCGGCCUUGAUCGCAGAAGCUGUCGCCGCUGCUCUGCCGAAUGGGGAGGCGGCUCUUGCAAAGAUACAUGGCCUUACACCGGCCAUCGCUGAGGCUGCUGGGGCGGCGUUUGUUGAAAGCUUUGUUCAGGGUCUUCGAACGGUUUGCUUCGCCCUGCUGGGUUUCGGCGGGCUUGCGAUCAUUUGUUCGCUGUUCAUCGAAGACAUAGGGCCCAAGAUGAACGAGAAGAUUGAAAUCUUCUUGGAGAAUGAUGUGGAGGCUUUCAAGAACAAGUACCACUGA